AUGUGGCUUUGGGCUUGGAACGAGGAAGGAGACGAAGACGAGCGACUUGCAGGGAAAACCCCGUCAAGCCCUGAAUCUCGUCAAAUCAAGGAGUUGUUCGAUGAAGCCGCUGGCCCAGUCUUCCUUCGCUAUGCGUAUCAUCCCCAAUAUCGACUAGCUCGCAUUCUUUUUCGAUUCGCCAUUGAAGGAAUAAGUUCCAAUGAAGACUUCGAUAGAGUUGACCUGCUCCAAAGGGAGUGGGAUGAAGUCCGAGAGUCUCUAACUUUGGCAAAGCAGGGCGAAGGUCCCAAAGCCUCGGGUGACGAAUUGUAA